AUGUCUACGCUGCCCCCCGAUCAUCGCAAAGGCGUCUCGCGAGCUACCGAGAACACCGUCAACAUGACUGUAUCUCAGUCAACAAAGGCCAAGCCGGCUUCAAAAGCCUGCAAUGGCAAGCCCAAGACAAAGACUCAGAUGCACCGUCGCUCAAGAACAGGAUGCUACACUUGCCGUUUGCGACGCAAGAAAUGCGACGAGGGAACCCCCAUGUGCACAGCCUGCAAACAUCUCGGCUUGCAAUGCGAGUACAAGCGACCCAUGUGGUGGAGCAACAAUGAUAUGCGAAGGAAGCACAAAGAGGACAUCAAGAUGAUCAUCAAGCGCAAGAAGCUCUCUGAGAAGUCAUCCCACAACAUCCAGAACUCUGUCACCAGCUCUCCUCCUGGCCUCACCCACUCUCUUCCCACAUCAGCCACCUUCACAGAUCCCCUCGACCGCACAAGAUCUGCUUCCAUCGACUCACAAUUCCCCGGCGCUUUCAACUUCAACAGCCCCCCAAGUGGCAACGAGUAUGGCUUUGGUGCGCCCAUGCACCCCGAGUUCAUGUUCGGAAGCUACUCACCAUAUGAGAUUGAUGUCAAGACAGAACGACAAAUGUUUGUCAACGAUGUCCCUACAGUUCGCGAAUCACACAUCUCCACUUUCAGCACUUACCACACUCCUCCUCCUGCUGGUACAGUCCUUCCUCAUGGUCCUUUGGAUGGUGAGUGGACCGAGCAGGUCUUCCAAGAGCGCAAGCAAUCCCUCUCAGAAGAGACCCUCAACUGCAACUUCUUCGACUUUUCUCACGGCCCCUCAACAGAGUCGAGGCAAAUUCAGCUUGAGCUUGAUGAGAACGACCAGAGCCUAUUGGACCACUUUAUCCAAUUCGUGCUGCCAACAAUCUUCCCUAUCCUCGAGUCCAACCAGCACUGCUCAGUCGGCUCUGACCUCGUCCUUCCUGCUCUUCAAUCCAACAGCGCCUACCUUCAUUGCUGUCUGAGUGUUGCUGCCCAGCACCUCAAGUCGCACACCAACGCUCCCAAUGAGGACCUUGACAACGAUAUCAUGCGACACCGCUAUGCCACUAUCUGGGCUCUUUGCGAGGCGCUUAAGAAGGACGAGAACCACCAGCAGAUUCUCGAGGCUACUCUUGGUCUCAUCUUUUUCCAGUCUGUCGUCGGCCGAUACGAUGACGGCUUGCUGGACAUUCCUUGGCACCAGCACUUCCAGGCUGCUAUCAGCCUGGUGCAGAAGCUUGAUCUUCACGGCAUGGUCACUGAUCCUACCCGCGCUUCUAUGCAGACUCCCUUCAACAUGUCUCUCUCCUCAUGGAUUGACAUCCUUGGUGCUACCAUGAAGGGUCGAUCACCAACAUUUGCCCACACUUACCGUGAGAAGCACCUUUCUCAGUUCAACCCCAGCCUUGGCCUGCGCGAGCUUAUGGGAUGUGACGACCGAGUCAUGUACCUCAUUUCUGAGAUCGCCUGCCUUGAGUCUCUCAAGAAGGACGGCAUGGAUGACUUCACUCUCUGCCAGCAUGUAUCUGCCCUCGGCGAGCAAAUCAGCUUGACUGAGAUGGGCGAUGCGGGUCCCAAGAUGCCCUUCAACGCCAACGGCAGCCUUUCGCCUAAGCAGCUCUCCAAGAACAUGACCAUGGCCUUCCGCAUUGCUGCACGCAUCUACCUCUGCAGUCUGGUCCCUGGCUUCAACCCCCGACAACCUUCCACCAUGGGACUAGUUGAGAAGCUGACAAACGUGCUUCAGCACAUUCCCUCUGGGCCCAAUGGAUUUGACCGCAACCUUGCUUGGGUCUACCUCAUUGGCGGUUCCACCAGCGUCCCUGGUAGUACAUUCCGAGUUUUCUUUGAUGAUCGCCUUGUCCAACUUGGCGACUCUGCUCGAUUCGGCACCAUGGGACGUGUUUCCACCCUCUUGCAUGAGGUGUGGGCUCAGAAUGAUAGUCUCGCGGGUGUUAACACACCCGGAUCGACGACUGAGGCGGCCCAGCUGCACAUCCACUGGCGGGAUGUCAUGGAAUCCAAGGGGUGGGACUUUUUGUUGAUCUAA